UUUCAGCACACCGUUUGUUUAUUUCAUGGCUUUUUUGAAGCAAAAAUAAUUCAAAUUUAACAAUGUUUUUCCAGCUGUCUUUGACAAAUUGUAGUCCUACGGUACAUUUUAUUUACUCUUACUUAGUUUUCUCAUUUUAUAGUUUUGCUAUCCUGACAAACAGGCCAGUUGAAUUAUGUUUAUGACGGAGGAGCAGAGUGAGGAAACUCCUGGAGGAGGACUGUCUGUAAAAGAGGAAGAUGUGGAAAAAGAGAAUGUGACCGAGAUGGCAGAUUUAGACGAAGAAGAAGAGGAGGAAGACGAGGAGACUCUUCCUCACCCAGAGAUCCUGGACAUAUUUGAGGAGGGUCUUGCUCAACUUGUUCAGGACCCUUUACUCUGUGAUCUGCCAAUUCAGGUAACUUUGGAGGAGGUUAAUUCGCAGAUCGCUUUGGAGUACGGCCAAGCCAUGACAGUCAGGGUUGUAAAGGCUGACGGAGAGAUUAUGCCGAUAGUUGUGGUGCAAAAUGCAACCGUCCUGGAUCUGAAGAAGGCCAUCCGCAGAUUCAUGGAGCUGAAACAACAGCGUGAAGGCGGAGUGAAACAAGUCAGCUGGAGAUAUGUGUGGAGAACCUUUCUGUUAAUAUUUCAAGGGGAAAAGCUUGACGAUGACAAGAUGAGGCUUAAGGAGUAAGUGCAUGAAAUAAUCCCCUCUGUCACGUGUUAUCAUCUGCUGCACCGUUUGACUUUGUUUCUCUGUUCAGCUACGGGAUCCGAAACAGGGAUGAAGUGACGUUCAUGAAGAGACUCAGGAAAAAGUGAAGCGACCCACCCAACGCUCGAAACGUCAGGCGAAAGACAAAGUUCCUGCAGUGUGUGCUGGGACCCCCUGCCACGCAGACAUCAAGUGACUUUCACAAAGUUCUCAUGAGUACGACUUGCUUGAGGCAGUCGGGACAUCUUAGUAUAAAAUGAGCACGCUUCUUGAAGAGGCUACAUGUAAAUACAUCUUGAGUUGUGAUUUUGUAAAGUUUUCUACAAACAUUAUAUGAAAGUGUGUUGGUGUUUUACUUUCAUGACAACAAGAGCAUUCUGUAACAUUUUCCAGAGAGGUCAGCUGUGAACUGAGGAUUUGAAUAUUUCCUGGUAUGAGUAAACACUGCCAGCCUUUGUUGACCUGGUUUGAAUAUUAACUGUACGAGAGACACUGGGAGCAGCUGAUGAAAUAGCCUCCACCAUGACUUCUUUAGACAGCGAGCUGAACAAGAUUUCCACAGAGCUCAAACACCUUUCACUCAAGAGACAACAACUUCUGGAGAGGAAAAAACUCCAGUGCAUAUUUCAGGAGUUGAAGAAUCGUGUUCAACGUGAACAGCCAGAGGAGGGUGACUCGUAUCAGCAUGAGAUUGACAGCAUUGAUGACAAACUGAAUCAACUGGCGGAGAGGAAGGCAGAGCUCCAGAAGAACCACGACAACAUGGUCUACGGGAACGAUGAGAAGAACAGCCUGAAAGGUGUGUCUAAAUGUACUGCAGCACACCGUUUCUCCAUCAUACUUAUUUUGUGUUCCUUUUCUUUGUUGUUAGAGAUCACCUCCGUCCAGAAGGUUGUGCCUGACGGUCCUGGGAUUUUCUUUGUUGAACACCCGGAUUUUCCCGCGCCUACAGUGAUUCUGGACAUGGAGAAGCUCCCCCCCCGCCCCACCAGGACGCAGUGUCCUGAGUGUGAGCAGUUCAUCAUGACAGAGACGUUUACCUCCAUCAGCAGCGUCACCUGGCUCAUGUGUUUCAUGACGGCUUUAAUUGGUUGCAUUGCUGGUUGUUGCCUCAUUCCCUUCUGCAUGGAUAGAUUCAAAUCCACCACACACAGAUGUCCCAAGUGUCGAACGUCAAUCAUAACUAUUAAACAGAUGUGAGAGAAAAGCAGUUGGUAAGAACUUGAACCUGAAAGAGUAUCAGACUUAAUAAUGGUGAUGUAGCAUACAGCAGCACUUGCAGAUUUGUUUGUGUUUCAUGAGCACUGAAUAUGAGAGGUUGAAGGAUGAUGCUCAUGUCAGAGGGACAAACUGGUGUCUAUUUAUCCUAGAUUUAUGGAUAUUUUAGACAAGGACAUUACGUGACAUCCAUUUUUUCAAAGCAGACAAGCAGACCUCUAAUUCAAUCAUUUUGAAAUGAUAAUCUGCUUUUACAGGCUAAUAAGUGAGUUUGUCUUUGGUGUUACCAGUUCAUUAGCGACACUAACAUCUCAUUAUAGCACAUAAUCCUUUUAAAGAGUGACAUUUGGAUUGUCAGAAAAAGCACUAAUGUUCUUAUAGAAUAACUAUAAAAAAAAGUGUCAUCGUCAUCAGUCCUUUUUACAACACCUUCCUCUACAUUCACAUGAGUUUGUUAACAGUUCUUCCGAUAACCUUCAGAGGCAGACAGUGAACUCCUUUAGAAUGCAACAGUGGUGCAUCAUGCUGUGUAUAUGUGUAUAUGGUUACUUUGAUACUAAAUGUUAUUUUUCUUAUGCGGGAGGUCACCAAUUACGCAAAAUCCACUUUUGUCAUGUGUUUUGUACAUACAUAUGUGUCCUCUCUGUGUUAAGAGAUUCGGAAAGCUUCAGGAAAAAAGAUUCUCUCUCUUUUUGUCCUGAUCCAUUUAUAUAAAAACCUGUCUUAAAAUCAGCUGAUCAGAUUUUGUCAACUUUGUGACAUGACAACUGUUUUAUUGGUUGUGCAACCAGCCAAUAACCAACCAUGGUAACACCCACCUUAUCACCUGAAUCUCCUCCUAGAGCACCAUUGUUUUUUUCCCGACCAAUCAUUUCGCAGAGGGGCGUGGCCAGCAGCAGCUCAUCGCAUUUAAAGGUACAGACACAGAAUCUGCACUUUUGGAACAGGAAUGAAAUAGAGGGGUUUAUGGCAUGCUACAAUUAUCUGUUUGGCAUUUCGAGCCAAACACUUUGGAGACAUGUUUUGUAUAUAUCUGGGACCUAUAAUAUAUUGUUUAAAAAGCAUUUAAUAGGGGACCUUUAAUGAAAAGGAAAGCGGUCAGACCACAGACCUUUCUGUUGCAAAGGCUGGGUAUGGCCAGCAGAUGUCACUAUAAUACAGAUCAACUGUAUUGCUAUUUUAGUGUGAGGUGAGUGAACAACCCAAAUGAGCAGUGGUUCAUACUGAUGGAUGUUGUUUCUCCUCUGUAGGAUGACUGUUGGUCUGUUGUUACAUUGUAAUGCACAGAGAUGAAUAAACUACCUAAACAAAAACCAA